CUCAGCAACUUAUUCGAAACUCAUGCGACAGAGUCCAUGCAGAGACAUAGAUGAAAACCGCUUUUCUCAGUCAGCCCUCGACAGGCAGGCCUUCAUCACAUCAAGCUCCCCUACUCACGACACACACACGGUGGUGUCCCGCAUCAUGACUGAAUCGUGUGGAUGACUGAAUCCAGGCCAUAAUGGAUUGUCUACUGUCGAAAUCCUUUGCCAUGCAUUCCCUCAGAGUCUGUCUCUGCUUAGUUCUUCAUUCCGGCUCUUCGAGAUUCUCCAGCUUCUGCAGGUCCUCGUCGGUCAGUGGGUGUCCCAUCCCGCUGGCAAGGUCAUCCUCCAGCCCAUCCGCCCAGUGCUCAAUUGUCUCGUUUUUCUCCUUGCCGCCCAGCAACCAGGCCACGAAGUCCAUGUGAUGGGAUGUGAAGUCCUGCAGUCCACCCUUUCCAGCCGUCCCCUUCUCUUGCACGAAGGCCUUCCACACGUCACGCGGGCAGAUGAUGGGUAUUUUGGUUUGGUGGAGUGAGUCUCGGGGGACCAUUGUGGCCAGAUAAAGGGAGGUCGCCAGGUCGGUGUAGAACGUCGAGCCCUCCACGAGCACUGCAUACAACGAAACACAUCCACCGAGCGUGUGUGCACCAUACAUACGUGCACUUGUCUCUCAGACUCCCUGUCUGCCUGUUUGCUCACUGUCAUUGCGGUUGCAGCUCUCCCUGAAUCCCGAGAGGAGUGCCGAGAUGGCGAACUUCAUUGCUGUUGGGGGGGGCGGCUGUGUGUGUGUUGUAGGUGGCACCACAGCCGCCCCCUGUGAUGGAAAGAUGGAAGACGUCUCGAGCCAGCCUUUGACGAAGGGCCUGAGGUCUCUGUAUCGAGACACCGUAUUCAGCGACACCGUCAGGGAUGGCUCUGAGGGCAGCAGCAUCUGGUGGAUGGUGGCCGCGAGCUCGGCAGCCAUGAGGGUGCCUUCGGCGUCUUGUUGGUUUUCGGUGAUUUUGUCGACCUCUGUCUUCCAAAGGCCACCAUGGAUGUCCAAAAGCUUUCUUCGCAUAAUGGCCUGCAGCCAGCCAGCAGACAUCGAUCACACAAUGGAACGGACAGUAGAGGGUGGAAUUGCAGCACGUGUGUGUUUUCGCGUACGUAAAGCCUUCCUUUGUGCUCUGCAACAGCCGCCACGCAAUCACACAACAGAGACACAACCCGAGGGACGAAAGGAGGAGAUAGAUAAAGGCGGGUAGACUAUUUGUGCGUGCAUUCAGCCCAUCCAUUAAUGUCAAUCCAUCCACUACCUUUCUUCAUGAGAAAGAGCUGUUCGUGCUCGUCUCUAAGAUGUUUUGCGAGCCCCUUCCGACCGAGCACCGGAAAGUCUUCCUUCGAAACCAACCUGCCUCGCGGCAGGGAGGGAUUCUUUAUCACGUCCUUUAUUCCCGCGGCGUCCUCGGCCUUCUUCACCAAGUCUUUCUUGGCUUCGGAUAUUUUGUCCAACCUCCUGCCCAUUCGAGUGGCCGUGUCGAAUUUCCCACGGCUCGCCUUCUGGGCGGCGGGGAAGAGUUUCAGUAACUUGUGCGCCUAUACAUACACAGGCCAAUACACCAAAGACAUGGCAGUUUUUCAAGAGGAAUAUCUGCAGGCCGCUUGAGUACCUGGUGAACCAUCUCGACACUGAGCUCACUCACUGGCUGUCGGAGAUGGAGACGUGCGUGAGUCGCACCUGUCAGUCAUUGCAGAAUCAAUUGCCAUCCAGCAGUGUACUACACGCACGUCCAUACUGGCGUGACGUCAGCGAUCGCACCUGUUGCACCGUCGUGCUGCAGCGCCGUGGUGGGCAUCCUCCCUGACGCCGCGCAUUGCAAAGCGGCGAUUAGGGCGGAAGUGAUGACACAGAAGGCCCCAAAGUGCAUGGUCGAUGACGCCAAGAAGCAAAGAGCAACAGUCAAGACUCGCUCCUUCCUUGCCAAGAACUUCAGAAUGUCGGGUUCGUCAGAAACCUCAAAACAGUUCCAAAAAUUGCCUCAUGAUUCGUGGUGGAUCAGUGCAGAGUGGUAUGCGCUUUCCUCUGCGCAGCCCCCGG